AUGUCUGCCAUAGAUAACACCCAACCCAUAGAACCCUUUCUUAAGGACUUCUUGGCCUCCCUAGACAUCCAAUACCAGUCCAACUAUGCCAAUGUGGAAUCUUACGCUACUCAGUUUGCAAAGCAUCUCAAGCGGACCAGUGCCGUGAUUGUCAACGGAUCGCCAUUGAUACCCACUAACAACGACUCCAAGCUCGAAUUUCAGAAGAAAUGGUUGGCUGCACCAUUGACCCAGCACCAGCUCAGCAGUUUCGACUGCCACUUGAUUCCAGGAACAGGCACUUUCAUCAUCAAUCUCAGCUGCAAGGUCAAGUUCGACGAGAGCGGCAAGAACAGACUUGGUGAGUCGGCUGACUUGAUCCAGGAUCCCAGCGUGGGAUCUACCAGAAUCAAUCCCAGGCCCAUCUGGAGCUCGUGGUUUGGUGCCAACAUCAACUUGGUGGUGGACGAGAGCGUCUUGGCUAACAGCAGCGCCGAGGUCAUCUCCAGCUUGGACUACCGAAUCACCUUCAAACCUGAGAACAGUGUGAUACAGUUAUAA